GCAGAGAGAAAGAAGCAUACAAAUAGAAUAUGGAUCUUAGUAAGUGUUUCAGAUGUUAAAUAUAAAAUAUUUUAUUUAAGACUUGUGAUGUAGAAAGUUCAUGCUGUUUUGGCUUAAGAGGCGUGUGAAUUUUUGUGAACUGAUUGGAGAAGCCCUCGUCAGCCGAUAACCGUUAUAAAUCAAUUUAUAGCCUUUGAUAACCCACAGCUCCUUAGGGGACAUCUCAAACAGAACAAGAAAACGCUUCCGUCUCUUAUCAAGGAAUGACUGCCUACCAUAGAUAAAAAUCGUUGAAGGGGGAAUUUCCAGUCUGUGUAACAAACAAGUAGAUUUUAUUGUGUAAUCAAUCCCGCGAUCGGGGAAACAUUUUAUUCUUACUAACAUGGCUGUGAGGACCCUGUGGAUCUUAUGUGUCGCUAAUCUUCUUGCUAUAGAGGUUCAUGCUGGUUUGCAUAUCAGUGGUUGUGAAAAUUCGAUAAUAGAGGGCACAGUCCCCUCAUUUACAUGUGGAACAUUUGAAGAAGAAAUGCUUCAGUGGACGGCUUAUAACUACUUAGGUCAAACUGUCAUACCUGGUUCGUGCAACAAUCACACGUGUACAUCUACCACUGACCACUUUAAUUUAAGCAUCGGUGGUACUCAGUCCACUGGCUACACAUCAAGUCUAACAAUAAAAGGGAUCACAAGAUCAGAUAGUCAAUUAUUUUGUAACACAUCCAAAGCACACUCUGAAUGCAAUUUAAAUGUGAUCGCACCUGGCUGCGUCGUUCCUGAAAACUGCAGCGUGCGGAUACUAAGUUCGCAAAUCCACGGGGCAUGCGCAGUUGAAAGGAUGUUUAUCUCAGGUGGCAAUUAUUCUUGCACGUGGCUAGUAAACAAUGACAAGAUAAAAGGAACUUUCAGUCAGACGCUGACUGAGUAUACUGUUGAAGCAACAAAAUAUUGGAAAGGAGUUUGCCAUUUGAGUAUGUUAAUACCUGUUGACCAGCACUUCUUCAUCGUCAACAUAAGUAUAGACCCUGGGCCACCAAACUAUUACGUUGGGACUCUGAACAUCACACAUGGUCCAUCAUCAGUUCACAUCUCAGGCAACACAAAAAUAUCAAAAAAUGGGACUGAGACUGUGUUAGUGUGCACGGCGAUUGAUGUUUAUCCUUCAGCUGUGUUUGUCUGGAACAUCACGUGUGACAACGAGACUCACAACGAGACCUCGAGCACGUGCAUCCUAUCAACAGCCCACGUGGACGACGAGAUGACCAUCGAGUGCAAGGCGAGCAACAGUGUCUUUGAGAACGUGUCUUCUUCUGAGGUUUAUGCUUUAAGUACCAGAGAUGACAUAAAGGCCCCUAGUGCUAGCUCAGCAGAAAGUAAUUCAGGAGCAAUAAUUGGUGGUGUUAUUGCUGCUGUGGUUAUUAUCGCCGUCGUAAUAGGUGUUGUCAUUGUAUAUAUCAAGAAAAAACGAAAAGGUUCAGGAGAACCAGAAAGUAAGAGAAGCGUUCUUGGAUCUUCUUCUAACACUGCUAACUUCUGUGAAGAAACUACUCGUUCUUCGAAUCCUUAUUCCGUGGCCAACAAGUCCAAGACAGGGACAUCAGUGAAACAAUAUGAAACACCAUCGGGGAAUCUGUACACCGCUGGUACCCAAUUGAUAGUCAAUCACAAAGAGCUUGAAAACACAGCUUUUGAUGAAGCACCUGACUGUUAUGUAUAUAUAAGUGAAAGUAAUGUGGACCUUCAAGACAGGCAAGACUCACAAGGAACACAGGAAACAAAGACAGCAAUAAAUCGGGAAAUAAAACAAAAUAACCCACCAGCAAGCGAGGACAUAUCAGACACUGGCUACACGAGUGUCACAGAAGUGGCGACUGAUUCCGAGUUGGGCAUCUAUCAUGUUCCCUGGGAACCUAUACCUAUAUCCAUGGACCAAGAUGCAAAUGUCUACUCUAUAGCAGGAGUAGCAGAGGACGAAUAUAAGGAGCUACACAUUAAAGAAGAACAUUCUCGGCAAGAAGUCCAAGCUUCUGACUACAACCACCUUCAGUUCACAUAGAACCUGUCUUUGAGUGUUUAACCCUGACUCAACUCAGCAGUAUUGCUGUUAAAUUUGUUAUGGACUCUGUUUACUAUACAUAUUAGUCCUUAAUUGCUUGAAUCUCAAAUCAAAAAAGAAAAACAAAUCUUUAGAAAAAAUGGAUUUUGUUUACGUAUUUUAUGUUUUAAUGUAUGUAUAGACACAAAGCUAUAAAACAUUGAUGUACAUGAAAUCAGAUUUUCUAUACUUAUUUUGUCAAAGUUUUUCUAAAUAAUUUUUUGAAACUUAUAAAUAAAAUAUUUCAAAAUUAAAUGCCAAUAUUGUUUUUUAAAAUAUGCACUUUAUGUUUCUGAUU